AUGGCCGAGCUGUUCUACCACAACGACGACAAAAAUCCAUUGCCAUGGGCGGAAUACGAAGCCCAUUUCCGGUUAAGACAGAUGAUGAAGACCACACUGCUCCCUGCUAACCUCAUCUACCGCAAUAUGCCCAAUGAGUUCUAUAGAAUCAACGUAAUUUCAAGUUUUAUCAAAGCACUACAUCAACAUGACCUAUGUCAAUAUAAUAGCUUAGAUCUCAAAACUUCGGUCGUUGUAAAACUAAUCAUUACAUUUAAAAGUAUCUAAACAUGAUUUCCAUCAAUUUCAGGCCUAUCUUCAUACACUAGAUCGAGUAGACGCUCCAGAUUAUCGUUAUAUUAUCCUUGAUCUUCUACGUGCCAAACAGAAAUAUAUAAUCCUCAGAAACCGCGCCUUAAACAAACUAGAAGAUGCAAAUGAAUACACAAAUGAAAAAACAUCAAAACUAGAUCCACUUUGUCCAACCGUGGAGUCGAACGAGCUUCUGGAGCGAUAUUACGAUGAAAUCGAAGGGAUCUUUGAUAACGAAUUUGGUGAUCCUGAUCUUGAUUUGAAUUAA